AUGUCAAGCAGCUCGUUACCUGUGUUAUUACCUCAAAAUGUUCUUCCAUCGUUAGAUCGGCCACAGUUUGAGUGGAAACCCAAGCGAGAUGUUUCUGCCAUCAACCUUCCGCCGCCAGAAGAUUCGCGGACGCAGGACCAAGAGAUGGCCAUGGCACGGCAAAUGAUGGACGGCAAGACAGUGAAGAAAGUUCGUCCAAGGAGGACUGUUGACUAUGGCGGUCCAAUGGGCAGAUGGGCUUUGUUACGAAAGCUACGGCCAAGUUCUACAUAUGUACCAUAUUUGCGACCUGCGCCGCCAUAUAUCAUUGAUCUGCUACCCCCGAAGGCCUACCCAGACAACGCGUCAACUUCGCUAUGCACAAAAUUUGUACACACGUCAACUAACAAGAUCAGAUGUCCUGUAAACUGUGUCACAUGGACACCAGAAGGCAGACGUGUUCUGACAGGUUCGACGAGCGGCGAAUUCACCCUUUGGAACGGGCUUACAUUCAACUUCGAAACGAUCCUACAGGCACAUGAUACGGCUGUGCGCACAAUGCAAUUCACACAUUCCGGCGCGUAUCUCGCGUCCGCAGACCAGACUGGAAUCAUCAAAUACUUCCAGCCAAACAUGAACAAUUUGACCGCAUGGACGGGUCAUCGAGAAGCUAUUCGUGGACUGAGCUUUAGUCCAGACGAUGGGCGAUUUGCAACCGCUAGUGACGAUUCCACUGUCAGAAUCUGGUCGUUUGAGGAAAGCCGUGAAGAGCAGGUUUUGACAGGUCAUGGAUGGGAUGUAAAGUGUGUUGAGUGGCAUGCUACCAAGGGCCUCCUUGUCUCCGGAAGUAAAGACAACAUGAUUAAAUUUUGGGAUCCUCGGACAGGAACAGUGCUCUCUACCCUACACUACCACAAAAACACCGUUCAGGCCCUAUCGUGGUCACCAAACGGAAACCUCGUCGCCAGUGCGUCACGGGAUCAGACCGUGCGCGUAUUCGACAUCCGCGCGAUGAAAGAAUACUGUGUCCUGAAGGGACACAAAAAAGAAGUGUGCUCCGUCACAUGGCACCCCGUCCAUCCACUGCUCGUCUCCGGCGGCUCAGAAGGCGCGAUCCUGCACUGGGACCUCUCCUCCGUCUCGGAACCGCCCCAAGCGCAGAUGCUCGCCCCGCAGCCCGGCCCCCGCGCGACGCUCUCGCAGGCACACGACUCGAACGUGUGGGCGCUGACGUUCCAUCCGCUGGGGCACGUCCUCGUGAGCGCGUCGAACGACCACACGACGCGGUUUUGGUGCCGCGAACGCCCGGGCGACGCGACGUCCGUGUUCUCCGGCGGGGGCGAGAAGCCGCCAGACGUCACGGAUACCGCGGGGCAGGACGAGGACGAAGAGCCGAUGGUGCCCGGCUUCGCGUUUGGCGCAGACGCGGGGCCCGGCUGGUGGGGGAAGGAGGAGAACGCUGAUGGCGCCGGGGGUACAUUUGAAGGCGGCACCUCCCAGAGGGGGCAUGGGAAUGCGAAUGAGGACGAUUUCAUCCCGGGCUUUAGUGCCGUGGAGCACGGAAGCUCGAGUGUUGUGGUGGGACGCCAGAGUGGGCCGCUACCGUCGCAGGAGGACGUGUAUGGGGCGGGAGAUGGAGACGAGCCGUCGUGGAAUAGAGGAGGAUGGGGAGGUGGGGGAGGUGGAGGAGGAGGAGGAGGGGGAGGGCGAAGCAGUCGAUGGGGUCCUCCACGACGCGGGCGACAUUGA